AUAACUUCUCAUCUUCAUCUUCAUAUUCUUCAUUUUCAAAUAUCUUUCUUACCCUUGUUCCCCAUUACUACUAGAGUUUAAUAUAAGAAAAGAGAAGAAGUUAGAGCUAUCCAAGCUGAGCUAAGCUAAGAUAUAUAGCCAGAGACAGAGAGACAAAAAUGGCCACUGAUAAGGUGGUUGAGACUGUGAUAGUAGGAAGUUAUGUAGAGAUGGAGACUGAAGGAAAGGCUAAAGAUGUCAAAACCAGGCUCUCCAAUUUCUUUUGGCAUGGUGGCUCUGUUUAUGAUGCUUGGUUUAGCUGUGCCUCAAACCAGGUGGCUCAAGUUCUGCUUACAUUGCCAUACUCAUUUUCCCAGCUGGGAAUGUUAUCAGGCAUACUAUUUCAACUCUUUUAUGGCUUAUUGGGAAGUUGGACAGCUUAUCUCAUCAGCAUACUCUAUGUUGAAUAUAGAACAAGAAAAGAGAGAGAGAAAGUUGAUUUCAGAAACCAUGUCAUACAGUGGUUUGAAGUUCUUGAUGGCCUUCUUGGGAAGCAUUGGAGGAACGUGGGUUUGGCAUUUAACUGUACCUUUCUUCUGUUUGGAUCUGUUAUUCAACUCAUAGCUUGUGCAAGUAACAUAUAUUACAUAAAUGAUAAUUUGGACAAGAGAACUUGGACAUACAUAUUCGGAGCUUGUUGUGCCACCACAGUUUUUAUUCCUUCAUUUCACAACUAUAGAAUCUGGUCAUUCUUAGGCUUGUUAAUGACCACGUACACUGCUUGGUACCUCACCAUAGCUUCCCUACUCCACGGCCAGAUUGAAGGAGUUAAGCACUCUGGUCCAACUAAGUUGGUGCUAUAUUUUACUGGGGCCACAAACAUUCUCUAUACAUUCGGGGGACAUGCCGUCACUGUGGAAAUUAUGCACGCCAUGUGGAAGCCUCAGAAGUUUAAAUCAAUUUACUUAGUGGCUACUCUGUAUGUGCUCACACUGACACUUCCAUCCGCAUCUGCAGUCUAUUGGGCAUUUGGAGACAUGCUUCUUAAUCACUCCAACGCUUUUGCCCUUCUCCCCAGAACCCCUUUCAGAGACAUGGCUGUCACUUUAAUGCUCAUCCACCAGUUUAUCACAUUUGGAUUUGCGUGCACACCACUCUACUUUGUGUGGGAGAAAGCAAUAGGAAUGCACGAGUGCAAGAGCCUGUGCAAGCGCGCGGCGGCGAGAUUGCCUGUGGUGAUUCCCAUCUGGUUCUUGGCCAUCAUCUUCCCUUUCUUCGGCCCCAUCAACUCAACCGUUGGAUCACUUCUCGUUAGCUUCACCGUCUACAUCAUCCCUGCUCUCGCUCACGCCUUCACAUUUCGAUCCCCUGCUUCUAGAGAGAACGCGGUGGAACAGCCGUCCAAAUAUUUUGGAGGAUGGGCAGGAGCGUACACGAUCAAUGCCUUCAUUGUUGGGUGGGUCCUAGUGGUUGGGUUUGGAUUCGGUGGGUGGGCGAGCAUGACAAACUUCAUACACCAGAUUGACACCUUCGGCCUCUUCACCAAGUGUUACCAGUGCCUUCCUCCACCCAAGGCUGGAGCCCCGCCGCUACUCAACUCCACCGUGGCGGCGCCACCACCUCACCACCACCCUCACCCUCACCGGCUUUGAUUUCCUCCGGAAAAUUCACACAUGACAUCUGCCAUGUCACCUCUACUCUCUCUCUCUCUUUCUCUCUGCUUGUUAGACCUUAGACAGACUCAUGUCAAAAAUGUUAUGGUAUUAAAUUCCAUAUGUCUUUGGCCAACAAACUACACAUUUUCUUUCCCUUUGUACUAGCUUAGGUUGUCUUCAUUUUUGUAAAAUGUAUCAAAUAUUAAACAAAACAAAAAAAAAAUGUACUCUUAGUUUUGUUGCUAAUGUCCAUUGUUUUAUUGUGAUUCA